AUGGCGACAAAUGGUACAAAAGCAUCGGAUGGACACGUUUUAACGGAGGUGAAUGAAGCGCCUACCACCAAUGAUAAACCCAAAACACUGGUUGUCAAAGUCCAGAAGAAAAAAGAUCUUCCUGACAGAGAAACGUGGGCUGGGAAAUUUGACUUUCUUCUGUCUUGUGUUGGUUACGCAAUUGGACUGGGCAAUGUCUGGAGAUUUCCGUACCUUUGUGGAAAGAACGGCGGAGGAGCCUUCUUGAUUCCUUACUUUUUGACCCUCAUAUUUGCUGGAGUACCCUUGUUUCUCCUGGAGACCUCUCUUGGUCAGUACACGUCGAUUGGCGGACUUGGAGUGUGGAAACUCGCUCCAAUGUUCAAAGGUGUUGGCCUGGCUGCUGCAGUUCUUUCUUUCUGGCUUAACAUAUACUACAUAGUCAUCAUUGCUUGGGCAAUUUACUACUUAUAUAACUCAUUCACAACAGACCUCCCGUGGAAGUCAUGUAACAAUCCCUGGAAUACUGAGAAUUGUUUUUCAAACUACUCGCUGGCAAAUACCUCCAAUAUGACCAGUGCAGUUGUGGAGUUCUGGGAACGUAAUGUGCAUCAGAUGAGUAGUGGGCUGGAGGAACCUGGAGAGCUCAGAGUGCCACUAGCAAUAACACUAGCCAUUGCGUGGGUCCUGGUCUACUUCUGUAUCUGGAAGGGUGUUGGUUGGACUGGGAAGGUGGUGUACUUCUCUGCUACAUAUCCGUAUUUCAUGCUACUUAUUCUGUUCUUCCGUGGCGUUACACUGCCUGGAGCGAAAGAGGGUAUCUUGUUUUACAUCACGCCAGAAUUCAGCAAACUGAAAGAAUCAGAGGUGUGGCUGGAUGCAGCAACCCAGAUCUUCUUCUCCUAUGGAUUGGGCUUGGGUUCUUUGAUUGCACUUGGCAGCUAUAACCCCUUCAAUAACAACGUUUACAAGGAUUCUGUCAUUGUCUGUUGCAUCAACUCCUUCACAAGCAUGUUCGCUGGCUUUGUCAUUUUCUCCAUUGUCGGUUUCAUGGCCCACAUAACAAAGAGGCCAAUUGCUGAUGUAGCUGCAUCAGGUCCAGGACUGGCUUUCUUGGCAUAUCCAGAGGCAGUAACACAGCUACCCAUUUCACCACUCUGGGCAAUUUUGUUCUUUUCAAUGCUGCUUAUGCUUGGGAUUGACAGCCAGUUUUGUACAGUUGAGGGCUUCAUUACCGCUCUGGUGGAUGAGUUCCCUCGCUUGCUGAGAGGGCGAAGAGAGCUCUUCAUCGCUGUCGUCUGCCUCGUGUCAUAUGUGAUUGGCUUGUCAAACAUCACCCAGGGAGGCCUAUAUGUGUUCAAACUGUUUGACUACUACUCUGCUAGUGGAAUGUGCUUGCUAUUCCUGGUAUUCUUUGAGUGUAUCUCCAUAUCCUGGUUCUAUGGUGUCAAUAAAUUCUAUGACAAUAUCAAAGAGAUGAUUGGAUACAAGCCUUGCAUUUGGUGGAAACUCUGUUGGGUUGUCUUUACUCCCCUGAUUGUGGCUGGUGUAUUCCUCUUCAGUGCCAUUCAGAUGGUUCCCCUCACCAUGAAUAACUAUGUGUUCCCAAAGUGGGGACAGGGUGUUGGCUGGUGUAUGGCCUUGUCCUCCAUGGUCCUCAUCCCUGGUUACAUGGUUUAUAUGUUUCUCACGCUAAAGGGAUCGUACAAAGAGCGUCUACGAAUAAUGAUUCAGCCAACAGCACUGGUCAAAAGCCAAGAAAACGGGCCCGAGCAGCAACCAGAGAAUCCCAACCCAGUCACUGAGGAGGCUUAUAUCUAA